AGUUUCCAAGGGUCAAAGUUGACACACCCCCUUCAGAUGGUCCAAGAUGGCUGCCUCUGUCGCGAAGAAAAACUUGUUCUUCCAGCUCCAGUGUCACAUACGCUACACGUGGACUGUAGUUCUCCUGCUUGUACUCCUCCCCGUUCUUUUACAGGGUCAGGAACCAGAAGAAACAUGUAAAUCCGACAGUGACGAAGGUUGUGGCUGUGCAGCGACUAGCAGGGACAAGGCCGCCUCGUACAGCAAACCGGCUGAGGGGGAGGGGGGCGCGGCAACUUCAAACUCCGACAAGAAAUCUUCAGAGACUGAGGGCGGCUCUGCAACAACUGCAACAAGGACGAAUCAGAUGGUUUUUGUUCGCGGCGGAGAGUUCACGAUGGGGACGGACGCCGUGAGGUUUCCACAGGACGGGGAGGGCCCGGCCAGGAGAGUUCGGGUCGACUCGUUCUACGCCGAUGUGUACGAAGUUUCCAACGCCGAGUUUGAAAUCUUUGUCAAGGACGCCGGAUUCGUUACUGAGGCAGAGAAGUUUCAGGACUCCUUUGUUUUGGAGAAUAUCAUCAGUGAACAAGUGAAGAGAGAAAUAACUCAAGCAGUGGCAGGUGCCCCCUGGUGGUUACCUGUUCCAGGUGCAGACUGGAGACAUCCUGAGGGCCCAGACUCUGACAUCAGCAGCAGAAUGGACCACCCUGUAGUACAUGUGUCCUGGAACGACGCAGUUGCGUACUGUACCUGGGCGGGGAAGAGGCUUCCUACUGAGGCAGAGUGGGAGUACGCCAGCCGGGGAGGCUUGGAAAACAGAUUAUAUCCAUGGGGAAACAACCCAAUGCCAAAGGGAGAACACAGGAUGAACAUAUGGCAGGGCAAGUUUCCUGAGGAAAACACAGAGGAAGAUGGAUAUUAUUCUACAGCUCCUGUGACGUCCUAUAAACCCAACAAGUUUGGACUUUACAACACGGCAGGGAACGUGUGGGAGUGGGUGUCUGACUGGCUGAGUGUUCGUCACACAAAGGAGCUGCAAGUUAACCCUAAAGGACCAGCCAGUAGUGCAACUAAUGACAAGGUGAAGAAGGGAGGAUCUUACAUGUGCCAUGAGGACUACUGCUACAGGUACAGGAAUGCUGCCCGCAGUCAGAACACCCCUGACAGCUCCGCAUCCAACCUGGGCUUCAGGUGUUUCGCUGACAAACUUCCCCAGGGGGUGGGGGAGGUCAAAGUUGUCGAGCUCUGAGUCUUGGGUUGUGGUGGGGGUGGU